UAUUCAUUCGCCUCUUAAUUGAUCUACACAGUGUAAGAUGCUAAGUCGAUGAAUCUAGAUAUAAUACAUUUAUAUAUUUAACAUUCAUGUAUACAGUUUGUUGGAAUUAAACUAAGACAGUAAAAUGAUGUAAAGUUAGUGUUCGAGGAGAAAGAUAGAAAGAUUCGUGUUAUAUAAUGCUGAUAUAAACCGUAGUUAAUGAGGUUGAAAUCAUAUUUGAAUAUGAUUGGUCAAAUGUGUCCAAGCUGGACUCUGAUUGGCGCCAUUAUUACAAUAUGUUGUCUGCAGGUUGAAGGAAAAGAAGGAGCAUAUGGGGCAGCAUGUGACGUGAACAGUGACUGUCAGCUAGGGUUUGUCUGUCUGUACAAAAAGUGUGCCUGUGAUAAAUCUUUUUUCUAUGACAACAAUGGUGUUUGUAAGAAAAUUUGCAGAGGAUCAUCAGAAGGUUUGGUACGACAUGGAGAUUUCAACCACCAGUAUCUCCAGUACAAAAACCGUUACACAAAUUGUUCAUAUGUCGAUGGAAACCUUGAAAUCACCAGUUUAGAGGGGAGCUACGACCUGGGAUUUCUCAAAGAUAUCGAAGAAAUUGAUGGAUAUUUGUUGAUUGUGAAUGUGUACUCCAACUACCUAAAUCUUACAAAUCUGAGGAUUAUUCGAGGAAAUGAGUUAUUCCCCUUUAGAAUUGGUCAUUUCAGUAUGUACAUCGCUCUGAACUAUAACCCGAAAAAUAUCUCGCAAGGCCUGUUGGAACUUCAGUUUAAAAGUUUAAUGGAAAUUGUCAAGGGCCAGGUGUAUGUUCGGAACAAUAAUUUGUUAUGUUUUCUGAUUACGAUAUUGUGGGGUGACAUCGGUCCAAACUCAGAGGUCACAAUUGGUUUAGACCCUAUACAUUAUAGACGAUCGUGUCCAUCAUGUCCAGCAAAUUGUUAUAAUCCAGCAACCAAACAUUAUCAUUGCUGGGGAAGUUCCCCAGACAUGUGUCAGAGAUUGAAUUACAUCAAGAAGGUAUGCAGCGAGACAUGUGAUGGUCGAUGUUUUGGACCUGUUCAAAAUCAAUGUUGUCAUCCGGAAUGUGCUGCAGGUUGUACCGGUCCUCGGAAAACACAAUGUCUGGCAUGCAAGAAUUUCAAAAAUGAUGGAGAGUGCCAAGCAUCUUGUCCACAAUUGAGGAUAACUGAUUCAAGUCAAAUAAAGUGGGUAGAAAAUCCAGAUGGUAGAUAUUCCGUAGGUUCUCUCUGCGUUAAGGAUUGUCCAAAUUACUUGGUAAAGGAUAAUAAUGCUUGCCUGAUUAAAUGUCCAGAGGGCAAACACGUUAACAAAUCCACAAACGUUUGUGAAAAAUGUGAAGGGUCUUGUCCGAAAUAUUGCCCUGGCGUUUCUGAAUCUGGUUUUUUACACAGUAAUAAUUUAGAAGAUUUCCGUGGAUGUAUAGUUGUGGAACGAAACUUGAAGAUCCUUAAAGUAUCUUUUGAAGGGGAUCCUCAUCAGGGAACUGAAGGAAUCAACGUAGAAGAUUUACAAGUAUUGAGGGAUAUAAAGGAUAUAAUAGGUUUCCUUUCAAUACAAGAGACACCUCCAACAGUUAAAGAUCUUUCCUUUCUCUCAGGGUUGGAAACAAUUCACGGGCGGUAUCUUUCGAAUGGGUUUGCUUUAAAUAUUUUGAAAAUGGAUAUUCAAUACCUUGGCUUGACCUCACUGCAUCGUAUCAGCAAUGGAGGGGUACUGAUUGCCUUAAAUCCCCGCUUGUGUUAUAUAGAUAAUCUUGAUAUGAGCUCGAUAUUUGGAAAUCCGUCUCAAAAAAUCCUGCGAAAGGCGAAUAAGGAUAAAUCGGAAUGUGAUGCUCUUGGGCUAAAAUGUCACUCGGAUUGUUCCAGUCAUGGGUGCUGGGGUCCUGGGCCUGAUAAAUGCCUACAGUGUAAGACAGUCCAUAUGGCUGGGAUUAACACAUGUCUUGCCAGCUGCUAUGAAGUACCGAUGCUCUACCUUUCUGAAAAUAACACCUGUAAACAGUGCAAUGAGCACUGUGCAGGAGGAUGCACAGGACCAGGUCCUGAUGAGUGCUUUGACUGUAAGCAAGUGAAGGUCCUCGGCCAGAAUAACACUUUCGAAUGUAUGACAGAAUGUCCGUUAUCUUUAGGAAAACCGUAUUCAUAUCCAGACGAGAACAGAAUCUGUCGACAGUGUGAUCUAUCAUGUGACGAAGGGUGUACCGGACCGUCAUCAGCAGUUAAAUUUGGUGGGUGUAAUACUUGCCUACUCGCAAUUAAUAAAACAUUGGAGAAUGACACUGUUAGAUGUUUACCUAGGGGCCAGGACUAUUGUCCGAGAGGUUAUUAUGAGAAAAAGUACAGAACUGAUGUACCCCAUCCACUUACAAUGAAACAGGUGUGUCAACCUUGCGAUCAUCUAUGCUUGGAGUGUAACGGGCCAGGGAACGCCAACUGUCCAGUGUGUAGAUAUUUCCGCUAUACAAACAGGACUUCGACGUGCAUAGAUAGCUGUCCAUCAUAUACAUUUGCUGACAACGGGGAGUGCCUAGCAUGCAGUGACCAGUGCUUGCGGGGUUGUCAUGGGUCAGAUUCUACGGAAUGCGAUAACUGCCUAAAUUUCAAGGUUUUCAUUGAUGAGGAAUUGCAGUUGUUUUCAUGUGUGGAGAAAUGUCCUGACAAGCUUCCAUAUUUGGUUAAAGACAAAGACCCAGACACACCAACGAUGACUGUGUGCGCAUCUGAUGAGCAUCCUGAAAAGAAAGAAGAAGAGAGAAAGAAAAUUCUUACUAUUGCCCUGCCUGUAUGUGCGGGUGUUAUUUUUCUUGGAGUUUUGCUUGCGCUGUUUGGUUACUAUUGGCGACAGAGAGAAAGAGCAAAGGAAAACACACUGAAGUUGACGGCAAAAAUGACAGGUGUUAUGGAAACAGAGCUGUUGAGUCCUACAGAGGUUCAGCCAGACAAAUCUCAGCUCCGCCUAAUUAAAGAGUCAGAAUUGAGACGCGGAGGAGAAAUUGGACGUGGAGCUUUUGGUAUGGUAUACAAGGGCUUUUGGGUCCCCGAAGGCGAGAAUGUGAAGAUACCAGUUGCUAUUAAGGUAAUGCGGGAAGGAACCUCAUCAAGUUUGCACCAGGAACUAUUGGACGAGGCUCGCAUUAUGGUAUCCGUAGUACACACAUGUUGUAUUAGACUUUUGGCUGUCUGUAUGGCCUCAGAGAAGAUGAUGUUGAUCUCGCAGUUAAUGCCGUUGGGAUGUUUGUUAGGAUACAUAAAGAAACACAAGAAUAUGAUUGGAUCAAAGCCGCUUCUCAACUGGUGUGCACAGAUAGCAAGGGGCAUGGUUUACCUUGAAGAAAGAGGUAUCGUCCACAGGGACCUUGCUGCUAGGAACAUAUUAGUACAAUCUGCUGCUCAAGUAAAGAUAACAGAUUUUGGUCUCGCCAAACUUCUGGAUUAUAAAGAGGAUGAAUUCCAGUCAGCAGAGGAAAAGGUGCCUGUAAGAUGGUUGUCUCCAGAGUCUUUACAGAGCAGAAUAUACUCACAUAAAUCAGACGUAUGGAGUUACGGUGUAACACUUUGGGAAAUGUUUACUUACGGCACGAGACCAUAUGAGAAGACACAGAAUCGAGAUGUUCUGAGCCUAAUCGAGAAGGGAGACCGAUUGCCUCAACCUGCUAUUUGUACGAUUGAUGUAUAUAUGAUCAUGAUCAGAUGUUGGAUGUACAACGCUGAAAUUCGACCGUCAUUUAAGGAAUUAGAAGAUGAAUUGUCUAAAAUGGCUCGUGAUCCAGGACGUUAUCUUGUUAUUCAGGGAGAUGAAAUGAUGAAGACACCGACUCAUCAGGACGUCUUUAAUGACUUAGAUCUGGAAAUGAACGCAUGCGCAGAGGGGCCAGAGAAACUAAUUACGGCUGAUGACUACAUAAAACAUGAAUCUACUGUUCAGCAACAUGAGGAACGUGAUGCGACCACCAGUACUCCAGCUGAGGUUGACAUUCAUUUAGACGCAGAUGGAUACUUGAAAACCAUACCAGAACCUCACGUCUACUUGGACUUGGAAGGCAAUGAUUCUGAAUACGUCGAAAUGGUAAAACGGCCUUUUACGAUGGAUCGCCGAAAUGUCAAUAAAAGACGUCUUCUGAAGUCCGAAUAUGAGUCUGCAGGUUCUUUGAAGUCCGAAUAUGAGUCUGCAGGUUCAUUGAAACCUGAUUAUGAGUUUGCAGGUUCUUUGAAGUCGGAAUAUGAGUCUGCAGGUUCAUUGAAAUCUGAAUAUGAGUUUGCAGGUUCUUUGAAGUCCGAGCAUGCGCAUGCAGACAAGGCAGUACCCGAGGAUAUAGAGCUGCAGCUGAAUUCGGCAUCUACAAGCCACUCGGAUAAGGAAUAGAUGAUAAUAGGAAAAAAUCCAUUGACUCUUUUAAAACAGUUUUAAUCACUGUACUUUUAUUAAGAAUGUGAGACUGACAUAAUGACUAUUAAGUACAUUUGAUGUCAUUUUAUAACUUUAUAGUUAACCCUUUUAAUCUGACAACACAUUUGAAAUUCUCAGUUUCUGACAGGAAUGUUAAAUAUAGAUGAAGCUAGUCACCAGUUCAGUAUUUCUUAGACAUAUUAAUGCAUUUAAUUGGAACUUCACACACAACGUUAGAACUAAAUGCAAUUUCAUACAAAGUUCUAUAGCUCUGCCUUUUAUAUUUGCAAAAUAAUUCCAUCCGCUUUAAGGCUGAAGUGUGUCGAAAUAUAUAAAUAGAAAAUGUAAAUUCCCAUCUGUAUUUCUUUGCGUGCAUCUGACUGAAACACUUAGUAAACCUAUGAAAUAAUAAUGUAAGUUUAAACAUCAAGUUUUGUAAUUCUGUGGUCUAUUUUUACAUUUUUUUCACAUUUUGUACUUGUUAUAUUGGAACUUCUCACACUCAGCUCAAUGCAUUCAUGAAGUUUACGCAAGUCCCUCAGUCCUUCCAGAAUUUUGUACAAAACUGUGUACUUGUCUGUUUUCAUAAUUACGAUGCUGAACAGAAGGUUACGCCAUAACAAUAUACAAGAAUAAGGGAAAUAUUAAAGCAUCAAACCCAACACACUUGUCAGUUGCUUUGGAAAAUUAUUAGCUACUAUUUCUAUUAUCGAUUAAACAAAUUUACUCAUGACACAUAUUUAAUAGCAAAUUACCAAGCAGGAUUUAGAACGAUCCACUCAACGACAGAUAACUUAUUUGUUAUAACAUGUCUUUUAGAUAUAUAUGGCGUGCAAAAGUAAAAACUGCCGUGUGUGUUUAUUGUAUUUAAAUAGGCUUUUGAUACUGUAUGGCGGCAAGGUAUUUUGACAAAGCUUUUGAACUGUAAUAUAAUUAUUAAGUGAU